AUGGGCUUCCUUUCAUACCGCCACGACUUGCCUCUCUGCUUCCGCACCACCCUUGCCCCGGUGAUGGGAAAGGCUACCUGGGGUUGGCUUGGUGACAUGCUGGAUGUGUUGACCAUCGUCACGAUCGUGGCAGGGCUCUGUACUUCGUUGGGUUUGGGAGCUCGACAGAUUGUGGGCGGCUGCCAACGUUUGGGCUGGAGUAGUGGCUUGUUGACGGACGACGAGUUGACCAAUACGGCUGCCUGGAUCAUUGGAAUCAUCACGCUUUGCGCAACAGCUUCUGUGGUCGCAGGUCUGGAUAUCGGGAUCAAGUUUGUGUCCUACCUUGCCUUCAUGCUUGGCAACUUCUUGAUGGUCGCCGUGUUUUGCAUGGAUGAGUCCUGGUACAUCCUGAACGUCAUGACGAGCACCCUUGGAUAUCACCUGCAGUACUUCAUCGAGAUUGCCUUCGACGCAGAUGCCUUUGCCCAACUGGCCCUGCGCAACGGGCGGCCCAACGAUGGAAAGGGAGCGAAUCCUUCCUGGAUGGACUGGUGGACCAUCUUCUACUGGGGCUGGUGGAUCGCCUGGGCGCCGUUUGUGGGCACCUUCAUGGCUCGCAUCUCUCGCGGUCGCACCAUCAAGCAGGUCAUCCUGUACACCCUCACCAUCCCCUUUGCCUAUGCCUUGAUGUGGUUCUGCACCUUCGGGCCAGCAGCCAUCCGCAUGGACCGGCGUGCCACCUGGCUGGCGCAGGUGGGCCUGGAGUCUUACGGCAAUGCGGACUACUUCUUGCACGAAUCUGCGGGAUUCCGCCCUGCUAACGCGGGCAAGUGCUACAACGUGCCUGCAAGCCUGAACGCGACGGUAUACCCCGGCUACGCGCCCACCCCAGGUCUGAGCCCAGUGUGCGUUUUCGCUUCGGCUGAUUCUUCGGGCUACUGGUUUGACCUGAUGAACCAGUACUACGGCAUGAGCGAUUUCUUGACCUUUGUGUCCAUCGUCACGACUGUGCUGUACUUUGUGACCUCCUCCGACAGUGGAUCGCUGGUGGUGGAUCUCAUCGCAGCCAACGGCAGGGAGGCUCAUGUCGUUCAGCGCGUCUUCUGGGCCCUCACGGAGGGUGCUGUGGCUAUCGCUUGCCUGGCGUCGGGCGGCUUCGGCUCGUUGACCGGCUUGCAGGCGGUGUCCAUCGUCAUGGGCCUGCCCUUCACCUUCAUCCUGAUGAUCAUGUGCACCUCCCUGUGGCGGGCCCUGAAGAUUGAAGCUGGGGACAUGCUGCCAGCAGGCCAGCGCAACGACUGGAACUUGCCGCUCUACGGUGGCAUUUUGGACAUUCCGGAAGUUGCAUUCAGCUUGGGCAAGGCUCCGAUGCCCAAGAUGGAACACGUGAAGGCCUUCUUCGUGGCCCUUCUCUUGCCCGGGUGGAGUCUUAUGAAGGCGAUGAACGGCCUGGCCAAGUGGCAAGAGCGGGCCAUGCUGCAAGCGACGCGCGUGUUGAUCGCGAUCGCAGCGCAGCUGUCCUUCUUUGGCUUCGUGAUCUGCCACAUCCUCACUCCUAUCUACAAGGACAAUGACAUCGGCAUCACAGGCCAGGGACUGUGGAUGUUCGGCUGGGCCUGCUACCUUUCCAAGGUCUUGCUGACCAGCAUGGUGCGCCACUUGAUUCGGCGGCACUACUCCAUCGAAGGCUCCGGAAUGGAAGACUUCUGGGCGGCCCUGCUGUUCUACCCGCAGGUGCUUGCGCAGAUGGUGGCCCAGAUUCCAACAGCACCCGCCCCAAAGAAAGCGAAGGUGCAAAAGGCGGUCGCCAAGGAGGAGAUUGUCGUCUGA